CGCGUCACAGAGCUCAUCCACGAGUUUCACACCAUACAGCACAGCAUAGCCGCCGUGCCUACCGAGCCUCCCGACUCGGAAGACUAUUACACCGAGGGAUGGACCACCCUUCGUCAAUGUGCCAUCGACGGCCAGAACAUUCUCGACUGCGCCGCCGACACCACCGUCCCUACCCCGGGGGGUGGUGAGGAGGAGCAGCGCAAGGCUGAACUCAAGCAAGUCCUGCUCGACGCUUACUCGAGACGUCAUGAAGGUCAAAAGACCCGCAUGCGUCAAGACGCGGUCCAGAGAUGGAUCGAGUGGCGCAGCAUCAUCCUCGCGGGGGGCAGACCAAACAGGCAGAACCGCAACCAGCUUUUGGCAUGCGACCAGCAGCUUCACAGGGGUCACCAGGAACUGGCUUCCAUCACCGAUGAGCUGGUCUACAGAGAUUGCCAAAUGUCCGACAUGUUUGUAGGCCGCUGGACGGCCGAGGAUCCUAGUCUUCAUGCUGUCAAGCGCUGGCUUCGAGGACGGCGAUGA